UGAACACUAUGUCUGGAAGAUAUUUUUAACUUAGCUUUGUCUUUUGUUUUGUUUCUUUUCCUGGGUGUGAGCAAAAAGUAUCCUUAUCUGCUUUUCAAAAAAAAAAAAAAAACUUGAUAAUAUCCCCAUUUACUCUGAUGCGAUUAUCACACAUUUUAUGCCUAUAUCAAAAUAUCCCAUAUGCCCCAUAAUAUAUACACCUACUAUGUACCCAUAAAAUUUUUAAAAAACAAACAAAACCUUGGUAAUUUAUAAUCCUUCUAGCUUCUUUUUCUUUCUUUUUAUUUUUUGAGAUGGAGUCUCACUCUGUCUCCCAUGGUGGAGUGCAGUGAUGUGAUCAUGGCUCACUGCAGCCUUGACGUCCCAGGCUCAAGUGAUUCUCCUACCUCAGCCUCCCAAGUAGCUGGGACCACAGGCGAGCACGACCACACCCAGCUAAUUUUUUUUUUUUUUUUUGUAGAGAUGAGGUAUUGCUAUGUUGUCUAGGCUGGUCUCAAACUCCUGGGCUCAGGCAGUCCUCCCACCACAGCUUCUCAAAGUGCUGGGACGACAGGCAUGAGCCACUGCACCAAGCCUAGCUUCUCUUUCUUCGUACAUGUUAAUAGUUGCUUACUUCAUAAUAAUAAUAUAUAUAUAUUUUUUGAGACAGAAUCUCACUGUUGCCCAGGCUAGAGUUCAGUGGUGUGAUCUUGGCUCACUGCAGCCUCUGCCUCUUGCAGUGAGGUGAUUCCAGGGAUUCUCCUGCCUCAGCCUCCUGACUAGCUGGGAUUACAGGCACAUGCCACCAUGCCUGGCUAAUUUUUGUGUUUUUAGUAGAGAUGAGGUUUCACCACGUUGGUCAGGCUGAUCUCGAACUCCUGGCCUUAGGUGAUCCACCAGCCUUGGCCUCCCAAAGUGCUGGGAUUACAGGCAUGAGCCACCGUGCCCAGCCUGCUUUUUUUUUUGUUUUGUUUUGUUUUGUUUUUGUUUUUUUGAGACGGAGUUUCACUCUUUUACCCAGGCUGGAGUGCAGUGGCGUGAUCUCAGCUCACUGCAACCUCCACCUUUGGUUUCAAGCGAUUCUCCUGCAUCAGCCUCCCGAGUAGGUGGGAUUACAGGUGCCUGCCACCAUGCCUGGCUAAUUUUUGUAUUUUUAACAGAGAUGGGGUUUCACCAUGUUGGCCAGGCUGGUCUCGAACUCCUGACCUUGUGAUCCACCCACCUCGGCUUUCCAAAGUGCUGGGAUUACAGAUGUGAACCACUGCACCUGCCCUUGUUUUGGUAUUUUUGCGAUGGAGUCUCGCUUUGUUGCCUAGCCUGGAGUGCAGUGGCAUGAUCUCAGCUCACCACAACCUCUGCUUCCCGGGUUCAAUCUAUUCUCCUGCGUCAGCUUCCUGAGUAGCUGGGACUACAGGCGCGCACCACCAUGCCUGGCCAAUUUUUGUAUUUUUAGUAGAGAUGAGGUUUCGCUAUGUUGGCCAGGCUAGUCUCAAACUCCUGACCUUGUGAUCUGCCUGCCUUGGCCUCCCAAAGUGCUGGGAUUACAGGCGUAAACUACUGCGCCUGGCCCUGCUUUUUUUGAGACCAAGUCUCGCUUUGGGUACAGUGGUGUGAUCUUGGUUUACUGUAACCUCUACCUCCCAAGUUUAAGUGAUUCUCCUGUCUCAGCUUCCUGAGUAGCUGGGAUUACAGGUGUGCACCGCCACACCCAGCACAUUUUUGUAUUUUUAGUAGAGACAGGGUUUCACCAUGUUGGCCAGGCUGAUCUCAAACUCCAGACCUCAAGCGAUCCGCUUGCCUCAGCCUCCCAAAGUGCUGGGAUUACAGAUGUGAGAUACUGUGCGUGGCCUGUUUUUUUUUUGUUGUUUUUUUGUUUUUUUGAGAUAGGAUCUUGCUCUAUUACCCAGACUAGAGUUCAGUGGCACAAUCAUGGCUCACUAUACCCUCGUCCUCCCAGGCACAAGCAGCCUUCCUACCUCAGUCUCUUGAUUAGCUGGGACCACAGGCGUGCACCACAAUACCCAGCUAUUUUUAAAAUUUUUUGUAGAGACAGGGUUUUGCCAUGUUGCCCAGGCUGGGCUCGAACUCCGGAGCUCAAGUAAUCCUCCCACCUCUGCCUCCCAAAGUUCAGGGAUUAUAGGUGUGAGCUACCACGGGUGACCUGACACAUUUUUUGGAUAUUAGCUAUCUGGAGGUGUUUUUUCUGGCUAACUAAAUAACUAAAUUUGAUUUUCAGCUGUAUUGUUUGGCCAGAUUAGCUUCUGACUUUAUUAUAUGCCACCCAAUUCCAACCAUCUUCCCUUGAGUCCUUUUGCACACCUGUUCUUUUUCACUUGCUUGGGCAUUAUUAUUACAUUAAAGGUGACUCCAGCCUUUUCUGUUGUUAUGGUGGUGGUUUGUUGAGACAGUCUUGCUCUGUCUGUUGCCCACUCUGGAGUGCAGUGGCAUGCAUAGCUCACUGCAGCCUUGACCACUGGGGCUCAGGCUGUCCUCCUGCCUCAGCCUCUCAAGUAGUUGGGACUACAGGCGUAUGCCAUCAUGCCUGGAUACUUUUGUACUUUUUUUUUUUCUUUAAUUUUUAUUUUAGGUUUGGAGAUGGAUACAUGUGAAGGUUUUUUUUUUUUUUGUGAAAGCAAGUUUGUUAAGAAAAUAAAGGAAUAAAGAAAGGCUAUUCUAUAGGCAGAGCAGUCACAUGUGAAGGUUCGUUACAUAGAUAAACACGUGUCACGGGGAUUUGUUGUACAUAUUAUUACAUCACCCUGAUAUUAAGCCCAGUACCCAAUAGUUAUCUUUUCUGCUCCUCUCUCUCCUCCCACCCACCCCCAUCAAGUAGACCCCAGCGUCUUGUUUCUGUCUGUGUGUUCAUAAGUUCUUAUUUUGCUCCCGAUUUUUGUACUUUUUGUAGAGAUGGGGUUUUGCCAUGUUGCCCAGGCUGGUCUCAAACUCCUGGGCUUAAGGGAUCUGUCUACCUUGGCAUCCCAAAGUGCUAAGAUUACACGCAUGAGCCACUGUGCCUGGUCGACCCCAACCUUUUUUUUUUUGAGACGGAGUCUUGCUUUGUUGUCCAAGCUGGAGUACAGUGGCACGAUCUCGGCUCACUGCAACCUUCACUUCCCAGGUUCAAGCAAUUCUCCUGCCUCACCCCCCCGAGUAGCUGGGAUUACAGGCUUGCACCACCAUGCCUAGCUAAUUUUUGUAUUUUUAGUAGAGAUGGGGUUUCACCAUGUUGGCCAGGCUGAUCUUGAACCCUGACCUCAGGUGAUCCACCUGCCUCAGACUCCCAAAGUGCUGGGAUUACAGGUGUGAGCCACCGCACCCGGCCUGACCCCAACCUUUUCAUGUUUGUUUUGCCUUCCCAGCUAUGGUCAGGAUAGAUGUGUUCUUCUGCAAUCAUUUAAUAUUCUUUCUUGACCCAUAUUUGGACUGUAUUAGCAUCCUUAUUCUCCUCUAAAAUUUUUAGGAUUGUUUUUAGGAAAUUAAGUGGAAAUUAGUAAAUGGAAAUUACGUUCUCCUCAAGUAGAAAGGAAAAAGAAGAAAGUAAGAUGAAUUACUGCCUUGACCUUCGUUCACAGGCUCUGCCACGUGGUAGCACACUUUUCCUUCUCCAGGUCCCACGAAUCAUCCUGUGGCUGAUGGUGGAGUUGGCUAUCAUCGGCUCAGAUAUGCAAGAAGUCAUUGGCUCAGCCAUUGCCAUCAAUCUUCUGUCUGUAGGAAGGAUUCCUCUGUGGGGUGGCGUUCUCAUCACCAUUGCAGAUACUUUUGUAUUUCUCUUCUUGGACAAAUAUGGCUUGCGGAAGCUAGAAGCAUUUUUUGGCUUUCUCAUCACUAUUAUGGCCCUCACAUUUGGAUAUGAGUAUGUUACAGUGAAACCCAGCCAGAGCCAGGUACUCAGGGGCAUGUUCGUACCAUCCUGUUCAGGCUGUCGCACUCCACAGAUUGAACAGGCUGUGGGCAUCGUGGGAGCUGUCAUCAUGCCACACAACAUGUACCUGCAUUCUGCCUUAGUCAAGUCUAGACAGGUAAACCGGAACAAUAAGCAGGAAGUUCGAGAAGCCAAUAAGUACUUUUUCAUUGAAUCCUGCAUUGCACUCUUUGUUUCCUUCAUCAUCAAUGUCUUUGUUGUCUCAGUCUUUGCUGAAGCAUUUUUUGGGAAAACCAACGAGCAGGUGGUUGAAGUCUGUACAAAUACCAGCAGUCCUCAUGCUGGCCUCUUUCCUAAAGAUAACUCGACACUGGCUGUGGACAUCUACAAAGGGGGUGUUGUGCUGGGAUGUUACUUUGGGCCUGCUGCACUCUACAUUUGGGCAGUGGGGAUCCUGGCUGCAGGACAGAGCUCCACCAUGACAGGAACCUAUUCUGGCCAGUUUGUCAUGGAGGGAUUCCUGAACCUAAAGUGGUCACGCUUUGCCCGAGUGGUUCUGACUCGCUCUAUUGCCAUCAUCCCCACUCUGCUUGUUGCUGUCUUCCAAGAUGUAGAGCAUCUAACAGGGAUGAAUGACUUUCUGAAUGUUCUACAGAGCUUACAGCUUCCCUUUGCUCUCAUACCCAUCCUCACAUUUACAAGCUUGCGGCCAGUAAUGAGUGACUUUGCCAAUGGACUAGGCUGGCGGAUUGCAGGAGGAAUCUUGGUCCUUAUCAUCUGUUCCAUCAAUAUGUACUUUGUAGUGGUUUAUGUCCGGGACCUAGGGCAUGUGGCAUUAUAUGUGGUGGCUGCUGUGGUCAGUGUCGCUUAUCUGGGCUUUGUGUUGUACUUGGGUUGGCAAUGUUUGAUUGCACUGGGCAUGUCCUUCCUGGACUGCGGGCAUACGGUAAGCAUCUCUAAAGGCCUGCUGACAGAAGAAGCCACCCGUGGCUACACUAAAUAACACUGGAUUAGUCUGUCUUCUGCAGGUAGCCAUCAGAGCCAGUGUGUUUCUAUGGUUUACUGUGUGAACAUAGCCAAAAGUAUGUGCCGUUGCACAGACUGUGUUUAUGACUCAACCGUUGGUUGGAAAAGACUUUGUUUCAUGUGUGUUUGAAAGAUGGAAUUAUUUUUUUCUUCCUGACCUAACCUUGGAACUGGAUUAGGGUGGGAUCUUUGAAAAGCUGACAUUCGCUGCUAUCAUUCCAACACUAAAUUCUUAAGUAGUUGCCCAAGGGCCAGCUCAGUUUAUCCUUUGGAGAGACAAGGAUAUGCAUGAUUCUUAACCAGGCUAUAUGUUAAAAAAAAAAAUUGGAAAAUGAAAUACAUUUUUUUAUUAUACAAACUACAGAAUGAGUAUGCAAGUUUUAUUUAUCAAAAUGUAAUGGAUUUUUAAAGGCUGAGAAAUUUUCCUUAUACAUACCUUUUCAAUUAUUAUACCAAAUUCUCAACUAGAAUAGCUUCAUCCAUAUGAAAUAUAAAAUGAAGAGACACCUAUAGCUCUAUCAGGCUUAGGAUUCUUUGAACUUAUUUCCACUUUAAUUUCUCAGUGGAAGUUAAGAGGUUGAGAAAACAAAGAAGGGGAAAAACUGACAACUAGCAAAACCAACACCACAUCGCUAGGUGGUGCUUACUAAUUACCUUCUCAGGAUUUUCCUCAGAUUGAAAAGCUUAUGAGGAUUUCUUGGGAGUCUUAAUAACCUGCCUGUUAGUACAGAGCUUUCCUGAUGAUAUUUACUCUUCAGCAUAUGUAGUUGUAAAACCUUAACUUUCCUUCUCCAGGAGGGUGGUGAUAGAAAAAGAUGGUGGUAUUUGUGACCUGAUGUUCUCAUGAAAUGUUGAGGGUGGGGAGAAAAGACUUUAAGGGGGAAGGAGAGCCAUCUAUUUUGUUCUAAAAGCCACUUCUCGUCAGAAUCGUCAUGUUUUUCUGAUGCACCGCUCUGCUUCAUGCCAAGAUGACUUGCGAGGCAAUCUCAGGAGCUGUGGACUUAACCAUUGCAAAGCACACUGUCUUUCUCAGCGUUCUCCGCAAGUCAGUAGGUGUCAGUAUGGUUGCAAAGUUCACUGUCUCAGCAAGGUUGAACUGGGCUACCUCUCUACAGCUGUUUCCUCAGAGGGAAAAAUCUUGAGACCAGAUGGUGGAGCUCUGGAGUCAGAGGAAAUGGGUGUCUUCAGCACGAAGCUGCUGCUUUUACUACUUCUGCCACUUCUGACAUUUUUACAUACUGAGCCUGAGAUUGUGUGAUUAUCUCAAAUCAAAUCACUUUGAUGGAGAUAAAUAAUCAAAACUGUUUUAUAGCCAUUGAUUUGGUGAGAACAGUAAUGGGAAAUGGUGUUGAAGGACUUCUCAUUUUUGGAGCUUUCCUUCCAGAGUCGUGGUUGAUUGGUGUUCUCUGUUCAUCUGAGCCCCCAAGAGCACUAUUACUGAUAUUUGCACACAGUCAAAAGCACAGACUGGAUGGAUGGUCCUUUAUAAGGCAUUUAAGGGUACACUACUGUGUUUCACUGACCAUACAUUUUUCUUAGCCCCUCAAGUAAUAUAGCACAGAGUCAUGAAUGACAAUUCCCCUAACCAUUCCUCUUCAUAUCUGCCUCUUCCCCUUACCGUCGUAAUUCCCCAAACUGGUCAUAAAGGCACUCUGUGAAGAUGUUGGGGACUGACAUCUUAAGCUCUCACCUGGCUGCAGUAGGAAAGGCCAAACUGACAAAAAAAAAUUCUUUACAAAGAUGAUAUGGUAACAUGUAUCUUUGCCCUGUGUCUGGGUGGGUCCAGUCAGUCUCAGAUUUUCAAGCAUUUAGCCUAGGUAAAAGCUGCUAGUAUUCUUUUAAAAGUUAUAUUUAUGACUUGCAAUGAUGGAAAACUCCUUCCAAUUAAAUGGCAUUUUAUAAUAAUAUGUGUGUACUUCACAAUGUUAAAAAUACCCUCAUACCUUAUUGCAUUUGAUCCUCACAGAGAGAAAGUGCAUUCUAACCAGUACUCUGGGUGCAAUAAACAAUACAUAGAAAUUUAAGUCCUCCAGUUCCAGCAUAUCCAGUGAGUUUUGGCAGUGUGUUUAUGUGGAAUGUUUAAGGAUAUACAAUUGUACUUUAUAUAAAUUGGUUCUUGUUCUCCUUAAAUGUGACAUGAAAUAAUUGUGCUGCUACAUUAUACUGGAAAUUAACAGGGGAAAAGGGAAGAGCUCUUAGCUCCCUUGAGGUUCUGCUAGUGGUGUUAGGAGUGGUUACAACUGAGCUUUUAGUAACCAUUUAACCAUAUGUAAACUUGGUUUCUAAUUAAAAAAAAAAUUUCUUUUUCCAA